AUGUUUCGGCAGUGCCAGAGCCUGGUCGAGCUGGGCUCACUUGGAUCUCUUCGCAAAUGUGUGGUUAGUCCUUCUCAUGGCUUUUCCCAAUCCUUUAAAGUAUGGCCAGCACGUCCCUUCAAUCGAAAGCCCAUACAUCAGAGCGCCCGCCUCUCAUCGACAGGAAUCCCAUGGUCACCGCAAGUCCCCUCACUAGGCGAUUUGAAGCAUCUAAACCUGAAAGAUAUCCAUCCUAAGCAUAGAGAGCUCCUGGAAGCAGAUAGAUCCAGUCUCCACUACUAUGAUCGCGUUACAUUACGGCGCCUCAUAGAGUGGCUGGAGUCCGGCCCACCGCCAAUUACGCAGUACAGACUCACAUUUGGAAAGCACAAGGGAAAGCUACUUGAAGAGGUUCCGGACUCGUACAUGGUUAAAUACCUCAUUCCGCGACACAAGGACAGCAUGGACAUGGGCCACUGUGCGAUUGUAGGGGUUGCUGUUGAGGACUUUAUGAAGAGACAUCCGGAGGUCAAGAGUCAGGCUGGUAACACAAAGACCAAGCCGGUAGAGGGAGCGGUGUUGAAGUCACCAAUUGUUGAGAAGAAGGAGAGAGGACGACCUCCAGGGAAAGCUGCGAAGAAGUCGACGGUGCCGAAGCAUGUCAUAGAGGGAAUCCCUGCUGAGCUUCGUCUUCGCAUAGGGGCGAAGAAGUAG